AUGACCUGGGUCUCCAACGCCACCCCCGAGGUGGACGCCAUCUCCCAGUGGCGGACCAUCGUCGCCGUCUGCAUCGUCCUCACCGUCGUCUCCUUCGCCGUCGUCGGCUUCCGCCUGUGGCUCAGCUUCCGCGGCCGCGGCCUCAUGGCCGACGACUACGUCGCCGCCGCCUCCUUCCUCCUCGCCCUCAUCUACUCCAUCCUCACCAUCGAGCAGACCAAGUACGGCCUCGGCCUGCCGCUGAAACUACGCUCGCGCGACCCGGCGGACGCGGCGACGUACAAAAAGGUCAACUUUGCCGGCCGCCCGAUCUACCAGUUCGGCGUGAGCCUGUUCAAGGUGGCGCUGCUGAUCAGCUACCUGCGGCUGCUGCAGGCGACGAGCAAGCGCGGCUACCGGGUGCUCAUCUGGGUGGCCAUCGCGGCGGUGCUGCUGGGACACUUGGGGAGCGCGUUCGCGCUCAUCUUUGCGUGUAGGCCGGUGAGCUUCUCGUGGGAGCUCAAGGUGGCGGAUCCGCACCCGACGUGUGUGAACUUGUCACAGACGUCGCUCAUCUACUCGCUGAUCACGAUCGUGUCGGACGUGCUGGUGGCGGUGCUGCCGAUCCCGGUGCUGCUGACGCUCAAGAUUCCCAACGCGAAGAAGGCGGGCCUGGUGGGCGUCUUCCUGCUCGGAUUGUUCACGACCAUUUGCUCGGUCAUGCGGCUGAUCCAGCUCAACCGCAUCUCCUUUGGCGACGGCAACUCGACCAUGCUGGUCCUCUGGGGCGUCAUUGAGUUCAACGUCGGUAACAUGGUCACGUCGCUGCCGUUCCUCGCCCCCGUGUUCAUCAAGAAGGCAAAAGACCUCAGCUACAGGCGGUACAAGUCCAACAGUCGCGAGACCGAGGCCUCCAAGAACUCGAGGCUGUCGAGGCAGCAACCGGGCGGGACGAGGAACAACAACGAGAACGCGUACCACCUCGAGGACGUCAAGCAUCCGUCCAACCACAAGAGCACGGUGGUGGGCUCCAGCCAGUCCUCGGGCAGCGCGGAGAACAUCCUCCCCAAGGAAGGCAUCGUCAAGUCAGUGGAAUACUCCGUGUCCGUGGACAAGACGCAAUCAGAGCAACAGAACACGCCGUGGCAUCCAGUCUAG